CUGACAGAUGCAAAGACAGAACCCGCAGAAAGAUUGCUAUGUAAGAGGUGGUUGAGACUUCCCUGGAGCAGGCUGACCCGUGUACAAUGGAAGGGUCGUCCGCAGAGUCUCCAGGCUAUAUAACAGACAACCUCAAAGAUUCCCUUCCACCUCAGCUGGCUAACAUUCUACCAUGUUCCCGGAUGCCGGUGUCUCGAGAAAGGUGGAACACCAAUGAGGAAAUAGCAUCAAUCCUCAUCGCAUUCGAGGACCACAAGGACUGGCAAUGGAGGGAACUCAAAAUCAGACCUCCAAGCGGCUCACUACUUCUGUACAACCGGAAACACGUCCGUUACCGUAGGGACGGCUACUGCUGGAAGAAGCGCCGCGAUGGCAAGACCAUUCGAGAAGAUCACAUGAAGUUGAAGGUCCAUGGAAUUGAAUUCAUCUACGGUUCGUAUGUUCACUCGGCCAUUCUACCCACCUUUCAUCGGCGCUGUUACUGGCUUCUGCAGAACCCGGAUAUCGUUCUCAUCCACUACCUGAACGUGCCGUACCUGGACAAGGCCAAACUAACGAUCCCCGUCCUGUCGACAUGCGACAUGGAGAAGAAAGAGUGGACCAAGGAGGAGCUUGUCGACCAGCUACGACCCAUGUUGUCGACCAGACCACAUGGAGAUCUGCAGCCUGACCAGGAACAUGCUAUAGAGGAGUCGAUAGAGGCCAUCGUGCGCCAGCUGAUCAACAUUCAGGGCAAACAGAACAAACCAAGGAACCAGAAGACGAGCGAGCUGGGCACCGACCCACAGUCCAAGUGGUGCCGGAUCAGCCAGAAGUCUGAGCACGACCACGACGACAGACACACGGCCGGAACCUUAGCGCCUGAGCACCUCGUGUCCGCGCUACAGAGGAGCAUCCAGCAGCAGGGCGUCCCAACAACGGCGCAGGUGGUGGACCGCGGCGGUGGGGUGUGUGGUCACACCGGCCUCGCGAUCAACUCAUCCUCAUUCCCGACAGCGUCGCACGAACUCCAGACGAACACGGCGCUCAUUCUCAACCUCACCAACCUCCAGGGCAGUAACGGUCUGAUCAUUGUCAGCGGGCAGCAGCACUCCUCACUGUCAAUCAUCAACACCCCCGCCGUAUCCUCCGCUGGCGGCGGCGGGGCGAUCGGUUCCACCCCUGUCAGCAGUCAGCCGGAUUGCUGCGGCAACGGCAGCAGUCAGUCCUUACCUCAUCACCUUCUACACGCCAUUCCCCCCCAGUCCGCGAUCGGGAUUUCCAGCUGUGAUGAGAACAACAUUGGAACGAGUACCAGUCUCCAUGGAGACAAAGUCUCGAUGGGUUCCUCUGACCACAUGGUGUUAGGAGGCGUAGGAGAGAGUGGGAUGGAAUCGAAGGAGUUGUCCAUAGUUGACCACAUCGUCAUGACGGCCGCGAACGCUGACAGUAGUCUUCAGUCGAUUCUUGACAACGUCAAAUUCAACGACUGCUCCGCUCUCGACAUCGGCGGAGGAGCUACGACCCAGCACAUUGCCAUGACGACGUCGACGACGGUGACGACCAGCUCCGUUGGAGGUGAGCCCAUCGUCAAGGACGGCGGUGCGGUGCGGUACAGCUGUGACAAUCUUGACGGCAGCUUCUCGUCUCUCCCGAGUUCCGAUCUCAACCUCGACUACCUUCUCGACCUGCCCGACUUGGACUGCUCCGACCUCGCGGGAACCGUCGGCGACACGGACAACAUGGAACCCUUGAGUCAUGACUCGUUUGACUCGAAGAGUCUAGUCGAUAUUAGUGGUGGUUCUUGUGGUGUGGUCACCUCACUGGUCGGCCCCGCGUGUGGUGCCGUCACUCCACUGGUCAGUGGUUCUUGUGCUGUCACGUCACUGGUCAGCGGUUCCUGUACUUCAACCAGUGUGUGUGACGGAAUGGACACAAUGGCGCCCACCCACUUUUGUGUGGAACGGUUAACAGGUUGUGCAGCGUGUUCGAACAAUCAACGACUGCAGCAGCAGCAGCAGCAACAUGACAAAACUAUACAGCAGUCUCACCUCGGCUGCAUGUUUCAUCAGAAUCAUCAUCACCAACAUGAUAAGAUGAUGGCGCAGUCUCUCUGCAGUUGUGUGUUUCACCAUCAUCCUCAUCCUCAUCAGCAGCAGCAGCAGCAUCAGCAGCUAGGACAUCAACACUGUGACGGAAUGAUGCCACAGCAACACAGUGGCUGCGUUUCGCAACAUACACACAGUAAUGUCUCUUCAGCCUCGGUUGGCAAGGAAACCGCUGGAAAUGAAACAAAGCGGGAAUCGUCGAUGCUUGUGAUAUCGGACUAUUCUCCUGACUGGGGAUAUACACAGGGCGGUACGAAGAUUCUUGUCACCGGUCCAUGGUACUGUGCAGACUCUCGCUACACGUGUCUGUUUGACUGGAAGAGUGUUCCCGCCACAUUCAUACAGCCAGGGGUCCUUCGCUGCUUUACACCGGCUCACGAGGCCGGGACAGUGACACUAUACGUCGCUUGUGACGGCUACAUCAUCUCAAACAGCGAGUGUUUCGAAUUCAAACCGAAGGAGGAACUGGAAACGAAGGAUUCUGUUCCAGAGUGGUUUUCUAUGACAGGUUCUCAGUUGAAGAGUCUCCUAGUGGAUCGUCUACAGCAGUUAGAGAAACGCCUGUCUCCUGGCGAUAAAAACAGUUCACACAUAAAUCUACAGAGUCACGUGAACCAGGGCCCAGAGGAGGAUGAGCGUCAGAUUGUCGAGUACUCUGACCAGCUGGCUAGCCGUGACUGGCUGAACCUGACGUAUCCGAAGGCUGGACACUGUGGCAUGACCUUGCUCCACCUGGCGGCCGCGCUCGACUACGCCAAACUGGUCAGCGUCUUCAUCAAGUGGAGGGCAGAGCAUCCGAGCCCUAUCCUGGAGUACGAGGUAGAUGCUCACUGUGUUGACAACUAUGCGUGCACUCCACUGAUGUGGGCGUGUGCGAAAGGGAACAUUGACGCAGCAUUGACGUUGUACCACUGGAACCCGGGCCCCCUCAACAUCUGCAACAAGGACGGUCAUCUCCCGCUGACCGUCGCCCGGAAGAAAGGUCACUAUAAUCUGACCAAUCAAAUCGAGCAGCUGGAGCAGAGUCGUGUCCAGACGUCGACAUCAUCGUCCUCAUCAUUCCAAGCAUGCACGCAAACCACAUUCACAACGUCGUCCACCCCCCUCAGCUACCCACCCCUUGAUAGCCCCUCACUGUUCUCCACCUCCCAGGGUUCGGGCAGUGAGGAGGACGAGAAGGACCUAACUGCCGACAUCACCCCGUCUCCGCCAUUCCCACCCGAUAGCCGAUUGGUCAGGCGCCUCAGCGAGCAGGUGCUUGGCUCCUCCCACCGUCCAAUCAGCAAGUGGUACUCGGUGGACAUCCUGCCAUCGGGGGCAGAGUUUGAUGAGACGUCUCUGAAGGGCGAGGUGGUUCGGCGGCGUGCAGUCCGCGAGGCCAACUCGGAGCCCAGGCUCUCGUUUGUUGGUUCGGACAGGAGUACGGUUGUCGUGGCAACAUCGGUGGGGGUGGUGGCGGCCGAUCACACGGACGAUGAUGAUGUAGAGGUGCUGCCCGAUAUCCUGAUGCAGCAAGAGACAAUCUUACAGUUGGUGACGGAUCACGUACAGCAGAAAGGACCGGCCGACAGGCUGGUGCAGAUGGAUACAGAUGAGGUUUCCUCCGUGAGAAGCGACAGUUCGUUUGUCGAUGUUGAAAAGGUGUCAUCUGAUGAAGAAAGUGAAAGCAAGACGGCGUCGGGCUCUGUUGAACCAAGUUCCGAUACGUUUGAAUCUAAGAACCAGAUCGUGAGUCUGGCCAAUCAGAUUAUUGCAGCGAUGCCGGAGAGGAUAAAACUGUCGCCAGCGAAAGAGGACGCGUGUGAGGUUCGCCAUCGCAGCGAGUCAUACAGCUCGGUGCCAUCCCAGGGGUCACCGCCGCCAGCAUCGUUCGGAGACGACUCCGGCAUUUCCACACCCAUGACUGACAGUCUGGCCUUCGACGAGUACAGAUACACAGACCUAGGGACCCCCGCGUCCUCACUCAGUCCUGAGUCCACUUGUCUGCCGAGUCCAUACAGUCCUUACAGCUUCUCCCUGGACUCCCCGCCCCCCACCACCGAGGACUUCACGGAGUACUUCAACGCACCCACCACCUUCAUGGAGAAAGACUUUUCACAGCUCACGCUAUCGGACCAGGAACAGAGGAAGCUGUACGCAGCAGCAAAGGUGAUUCAGCAUGCGUACCGCCACUACAGGGACAAACAGCAGCAGCAGCAGCAGCAGCAACAACAACAACAACAACAACAACAACGCACAAAGGAGAUUGAAGCUGCAAUUCUCAUUCAGAGUUAUUACAGAAGAUACAAACAGUACGCUUAUUUUAAGAAGAUGACCCAAGCUGCCGUAUUGAUACAGAACCAGUUCCGCAGUUACUACGCUCAAAAACGUCUCAAAAAGUCACGUGACCCUGCCGCAGGCCUGCAGAGUCGACCCGGGUCGGAGCGGCUCAAGAAAGGCCGUAACCAAUCCGUCAUUAUUCAGCAGCGAUUCAGAAGUCAUUACAAACGGAAGACAGAAAAGGAAUGCCGUGCUAUCGGAACCGACGCUACAGACAGAGAUAUUUGGAACCUGGUGCAGGUGUCCACGGUCUCCUCCUCCCGAAACAAGCAGCACAAGCCGUGAUGCUACCAGUCCCCCGGAAAGUGCUGACUCGUCGACAACCUCCGCCACUGCUGCUGACAGCACUGACCGUCACACUGCGCCACCAUGAUGACAAUGACGACGAUGACACUGAUAAAACCACAUUCUGACAAUGCUCAGCGACUCGUUACGUUACCACUUUCUCACUGACUACUAUCUCAAGCUCGUUCCUUCCCAUUGGGUGAUUGUUUAUGUUGCACCAAUGCGUCCCGUUUUCGUAUUUCCAUUGUACCUGGUUUUGUUUUUUUAAAUUAUUAUAAUAAUUAUUCCUUUAAAUUUGUGGCAUUUUGUUUGUUUUUACAUGCAAUUGGCUUUGUUGCUGCACGGAGGAGAAUAGGUCUGAGUGGUACAGUGUUGUUUUUAGCUGUUAAACUUGUUUAUGUCCCCUACCGGUCCAGCUGGAGGGAACUGUAGACUUCCUCUGUCCUUCUGUCUGUCUGUCUGUCUUUUGUUUUCACAAUACCGUGACAUGUUGAGAUGACAUUUUCUGUAGCUUUAUCAUGUACCGUUACAGAUCAGGUUUGACUUUCAUGGUGAUUUACCUAUUUUUUAAAGAGUUAUGGCCCUUGAACUUAGGUGAUACGAAAAUAUGUUUUCUGGAUAAUUUUAUUUUUGUAAUGCUCGAGACUUUGAGCUGAAAAUUUUUGUAUAGCUUUAUCAUGUACGGUUACAGAUCAGAUGUGACAUUUAUGACGAUUUACCAGUUUUGACAGAGUUAUGUCCCUUGAACUUAGGAGAUACAAACAUUUGUUUUCUGGCUUUUUUUCUUUUUUUUCAAUUUAUUUUGCAGUGCCUCUAGAUUUUGAGCUGAAAUUGUUUUGUGUAAGUUUAUCACUGUUACAGAUCAAGUUUGACUUUCAUUGUGAUUUACCAAUUUUUGGCAGAGUUAUGGCCCAUGAAGUUAGCAGAUAUGAAAAUUGUUGGGUGCGACAGGGUACAGAGUUUCUGAACCAAUUGUUUUCUAAAUUGCAUGCAAAAAUAGUAUUUUCUGCAUGGAAUAGUUUUUACAAAAUAAAUUGGUAUUGCUCUUCAUGGAAGUGCUGGAAAAAGACUUGUUUGAGUGGUUAAGAGUUUUCAGUUAUUAGGCACACCAUCACCGUUUUUACAUUAUUCCUUUCUGUAGCAACUCAGUGUCAUCUGGUUUAGGACAAAGAUCUUUUAAUAACAACGAAAAACAAUGAUAAAAAAGUACUGAGAUGUGUCAACUCAAAUAUUUGCUUGAUGUUAUAAAUAAGUUGACCUCUAGUAUUUAAAUAACCCAUUGGUUACAAGUUACUUGUUAUUUUUACUUCUAACUAAUAACAUGUGUCACUUGUAUAACAGCAAAAUAAGACCAUGCUUUGGAUCAAGGGUGGACGACUCUAAGUUUGUGUGGUCCAUCUAUAGUAAUAUUUGUUUUGCAUGUUGGUUACCAAGCGAUUGUACUUGAUAAAAAUAGCAAUCAUAUGAUCCUCUCGAUACAGUGGUAUUUUUUACAAAAUGUAUUUUGACAGAAAUUACAUUGAUAUGCAAAUACAAUGCAAAACUUAAUGAUGAUGUGCUACCUUUAGUUUUAAAUAGAUAUGUCACAUCCCUGUUUGACAUACAUGACUAAUUUUAAAAACUAAAUCACGUCAAAUGGAUAUGUCACAUCCUUGUAUGACCUACAGCAUUGUAAUUAUAAAAACUGUAAAUCGCGUCAAAUGGAUAUGUCGCAUCCUUGUAUGACAUACAGCAUUGUAAUUAUAAAAACUGUAAAUCGCGUCAAAUGGAUAUGUCACAUCCUUGUAUGACAUACAGCAUUGUAAUUAUAAAAACUGUAAAUCGUGUCAAAUGGAUAUGUCGCAUCCUUGUAUGACAUACAGCAUUGUAAUUAUAAAAACUGUAAAUCGCGUCAAAUGGAUAUGUCACGUCCCUGUACUACAUAAAUAUUGUAAUCGUGUCAACAAAAACCAAAGUUGUGUUUAUUUUGUAAAUUUGAUAUUGAAAUAGUGAAUCGUGUACAUGUUGUUAGAAAACCAGGUGAACUACAUACAUGUAUGGUAGUCAGAUGGUCAGUACUUAAUAGAGCUCAUGCUGAAUAACCUUUGUUUUAGUCAGUUGUCAGAUACGUCUAGUAUUUCCUUCCUUGAAAGUUAUUACUCCCGCUCCCCUCCAGACUCACUUAGGUGGGUGGUAAAUUGCUCCCCUCCAGACUCACUUAGUUAGGUGAGUGGUAAAUUGCUCGCCUCGCAAUAAAAUGUUUAUAGGGAUUGUCCAUUAUUUCUUGUACGUUCAUUGGAGUAUGGAAAAAAAAAAAUCAUCCUAAAAUUGUGAAUCUGCGAAUCCCAGAAAUGUCUGACGUUAUCGUAUUUACACAGCCACUGACCGCGUCGCACGGAGUGUUGUUACUUCAUUAUCUGUGAUAUUUCCUAUGUACUUUCUACAAUGUUACAAUGUAGCUUUAUCCACUUUUAUCAAAUUGUCAAUAACCGAGCAAACCGAUGUUUAAAUACUCUGCAAUCAAAGUCAUGUGAUUGUGAGCUUUAUAAGCCUCUGAAAAUUACAAUUUUUUUGGUUCCUACGUCUCUGACCCAAAUUAUUAUUAUUAUUUUUUUUAAUUGUUUUCGUUCAUGCACUAAAUUAUAUGAACAUAAUGGGUUUAAGGUGCUAUGUCAAAGUUACAAUAAUUGCAGUUCCUGUCAAAAUUUUGCACAAUUAAUUUGUGCUUUUAAUUGUAAAAGUUUAUACCUUCAGCUAUAUAUGCCUAUAAAAAUGUACAACCAAAUAAUUUCAUUGACUAUUUUAGUUUGGAAUAUUGAAAGUGUGUCACAUACACAUUAAACACACCAAAUUUACCCAGAAUUCUUUGCGGUCAACUGACAAAGAAACAAAGAUGGUGAUCGUGCUAUAUUUAUCCACAAAUUAUUGGGGAAAUCUUCUUUGUCGUCCAGUGCCAGAUUGAAAAAAAUUAUUAUUAUUCUAGAAUUGAUUAUGGAAAGUUGAUUAUGGAAAGAUUAUGCGUAUGAUUGAUUAAUUUGUAGUCAUUUAUUACAAAUAAAUGUGAUAAUAACAAAAUAUUAUAGUUUCAACUUUGACAUAGGACCUUUAAGCAAAAAGAAAAGGGUUACCUGAAUUUGUUUUUGUGUAACUAAUAAAUGAGUUGUGCUCAUUUUCAAUUCUUGGAGGCCCUUUUGACGAAAUGUAAAUAGCAUCGUUUGUUGAGACUAACUGUACCGUUCGGAGAGAUUUGUUAAAUUUUACAUUUUAGAUUUUCAGGUGGUUUUGUUUUUGUCAUGAAUGUCACUUUACUGUUUAAGGACGGAUCCUUGUGUUUUCAAGGGGUGUGCACACUGUUCCCCCCCCCCCCCCCCACACUUUACUUGUAUCAUGUAUGAGUGUAACUAUGUAGCACAAACGUAAUACAUUCAUUGUGUGGAUACAGCAGUUUUAAACGUAAUUCUGAGGGGGUUUCCACAACCAUAUACCCCUCUCAGAAUCUGCCUGGUUUUUAUCUUUUCUUUCUUCUUUUAGCAUUAGUGAGUUUUCUGAAAUACUGAAUUCAACUAACAUAUCCUUGCAUUUUUUUAAUAUGUGUUAUUAUAAUUAUUAUUCCAUCAAUAUUUUGUAAAUUGUUUUUUAAAUGGAUACUUCGUAUAUAGUGUGUAUUAUUUAUUUAUUUAUUUAUAUUGUUAAAUCCAAGUGGUAUUUGUGUUAUCUAUAAAUUUAUCCCAUUCACAAUGAAUUUCUUCUUCUUUUUCCCCAGAUAGUAACACCGGGUUGUUUUUCAUGUGCAUGGUGUUUGGCUUGGUGCGGGCCUUGUCAUGUUAAGGGCUGUCAUCAUCAUGCGAUUGGUCGCGCAGACUUGUCAUAUAUGAUCAAAUAGUGUGAGAACACCUAAAUGGAAACAUUAGUCUUGUGUGACAAGUCGAUUAGAACAUGUCCUAUUUCUCACGAUCAUUUGCAUGUGUCAAGUUGGUGUGACAAAUCGCAUAAUGAGCACGCCACUUUAAAUGAACACUUUAAAAAGAUUGAUUCUGUAAUUAUCAGUCGCAGUGGUUCGAUGUGACACGUGGAGCGGGAGUUCGGUAACCAUGCUUGCACCACGCCCACACUGUCACCGCGCCCACACUGUCACCGCACCCACACUGUCACCGCGCCCACACUCACCGCGCCCACACGGUCACCGCGCCCACACUGUCAAACACCACAGACAUAGAAAACAACCCUAACACUUGAAAACUGUUUAAUCCAACACACAGCAAUCCCAUGCAUGUUUUAAAAGAAUUAAUUGUAGGAUGCAUAGUAGAGAAGUAUUGGGAUGUUUUGUAAGAUGAAAGGUAUGUAAUGGCUGCCCAUGUAGUAUUCUCUAUUUAAAUGUUUUAGUCUUCUACUUGAUCACAUAUACGUACAGGUAGUUUGAAAAAGAUCCAUUUUUUGUCAGGUGUUUGUCAAUCCUCCCGUUUUAUCCAUUUCCACCCAUAUCCAUCCCCACCCUCUGGCCACAGCUAUCUCUAUCAACCCCUCCCUCCCUAAUAUUAGUAUUUUUAAUGUUAUAGAACUUGCAGCUAGAUACAUAAUGUGGUUGUUAUUUCACAUGCAAAACAGGGUUGUUAGUUUAUUGUUACCAUCUCCAGUUCGGUUUUGUUUAUAUUUAUUUAAACCUGUGUUUCAUGAUUAUUUUUUUAUUUAUUUUUAGCAGAAGCAGUCAUAAGCAUUGUGAAGACACUGUUGUCCACUCUGUUUAUGAGUUUAUGACAAAACACCCCUGUGAUACUGUUAUCAAUUCAAAUAAUGUUUCUCCAUUUUUAUUGGUUGUCAUCACUGCUCCUCUGUUGAUUGGUUGAUAUCACGGAGCUGUUGAUUGGUUAACAGCACUGCCUCUCUUUUAAUUGGUUAGCAACACUGUUCUUUCUGUUGAUUGGUUAACAGCAAUGGACUAUUGAUAGAAUAAUCAUGCUGUAUAGUUAAGGCCAAAUAAAAUAAAAUAAAUUAUUCUGGUGUGAAAACAAAUUAGGGUAGGUAGAUGGGCUAUAACUAAAAAAUCUGGUCAUGACAAAGAGCAGUAUUAAAAGUAACAUUUCACACAAAUGCUGCAUCCUCCCAAUAUUUUGAAAAUGUGUAGGUGGGGAGAAACGUUUAGGGUCGGUGAAAAUAGUGAACAAAAUUAGUGUCGGUCAGGUAACUGGAACCACACAAUGUCAUAUUUGUUUAUAUUUAGCCUAAUUUUACACAUUAUCCAUCAAGUUCUAGGAAUGAUUACAUGGAAGUAAGCAGAGUUUGACAAAUCUGCUAGCCCAACACCCACGGCCAGUGCGUUUUUCAAGUCGGGCUAGUCACAAAUGCUAACCUACUAGCCAGAUAGCCCAACACCCAAGGCCAGUGUGUUUUCAGGUCGGGCUAGUCACAAAUGCUAACCUACUAGCCAGAUGGCCCAACACCCAAGGCCAGU